UUGCGGUGCGGACGACGGAGGAGUGGGAGUGGGAGUGGGAGGGCCACUUCCACCGCCACUAAUAAGGAGCUCGAUCGGCGGGCGAUCCCACUCGGACUUUUAUUUUACAAGUCCUCAGAACCGGAGUCGGACCGGUCGUUAUCUCGCGUGGAUUAUGCUCAUCUCGCUGCUUUUUUGAUUCCGCGCCGCCUUUGAGGAAACUUUCCCCGCUCCUGUUUUCAAGAAAGCAGUCUACCAGUGUCAGAACCAUGAUCUGCCUGCUAAGAUGGACUACUCUCCUUUGGACUGUACUCUUAAUUCCUUGCACUUUUGGAAUGGCAGUGAAUGAACGAACAGAUGUCUCAUGUUCACGAUUGAAUGUGGAUGAAAGCAGGUUUUCAGAUGUCUUGGAUCGUCCUCUGGAAAUCACAGGAUUUGAUCUGACAGAAAAGUUUCUUUUGAGAAAAGGGACAGUCACAGAAGACCUGCCUUCAUUUCGCCUGGGAAGCAGCCCACUUAUCAAGCCAACCAAGGAAAUCUUCCCAAAUGGGUUGCCAAGUGAAUACUCCCUGGUCACCAUCUUCCGUGUGAGAAGAACUACAAAAAAAGACCGCUGGUAUCUAUGGCAGAUAUUCGACCAGGCUGGAGACACUCAGGUGUCAAUUGUGGUUGACGGCGGCAGGAAGGCGGUGGAGUUCUCCUCGCGGGGCCUGCUGAACAACGUGCUCCGCUACACGUUUAAGAGCCGUGACCUACACAACCUGUUUGAUCGCCAGUGGCACAAGCUGAGCUUUUCUGUGCAGAGCAACAUCGUCUCUGUUUACAUGGACUGCAGGCUAAUAGAAAGGAGGCUGACUGGCGAGAGAGAUGCCGUUGACCACAGUGGGCGUGCACUCAUCACCACCAGAAUAGAGGAUGGACGGCCGGUGGAUAUUGAACUCAAACAAAUUCUCGUCUACUGCGACCCUUACAUAGUGGAGAUGGAAACGUGCUGUGAGAUACUGGAGCGAAAGUGUGAAGACCCGCAGACGUUUAAUGGCACCUCCCCUCCCCCGGUUACAGCCCAACUCCCACAGAUGCUGUCUCAGCCAGCCACACAGCCAAUUGACAGAUGUCACUGCCCAGCUGAAAAGGGAGAGGUUGGUCUUCCAGGCCAAGUUGGCCUUCCUGGACCAAAAGGAGAUGUUGGGGAUAAGGGUGACUCAGGAGAGGAUGGCACACAAGGAAGCUCGGGUCAAAAGGGAGAAGUUGGAUCGGACGGACAGAAGGGGAUGGAAGGGGAAAGGCAGUACUAA